AGUGAGUCUCCGUCAGCUGGGCUGGAUAUUUGUAUAUCCUUGUAUUCAAGAAUCCUCUAACAGAAAAGGGUUUUUUCCUCUGUGUGGCCAGACAGAGCGUGGCUUGGGGUGCGGGUAUGGUUGAAUCAACUGGAACAUAACUGCCAAAUCCUUCCUGAAUUACUACUAGCCAUGAACUGAGACCAUCAUUUAAAACAAAAAUCAUUAAAAUAGAGCAACGGCAGCAUGGCCCAGAGCAAGAGACACACAUACAGUCGGGCGUCAAGUGCCGGAACCAGGAUGAGUGUGGAAGCUAGUGGCAAGCCCUUGAAAGUGGGCUCCCGAGUGGAAGUCAUCGGAAAGGGACACCGUGGGACAGUGGCAUAUGUUGGAGCCACGUUGUUUGCCACAGGAAAGUGGGUUGGAGUCAUCUUGGAUGACGCGAAGGGCAAGAACGAUGGCACUGUGCAGGGCAGGAAAUAUUUCACCUGUGAAGAGAAUCAUGGCAUCUUUGUGCGACAGUCACAGAUCCAGAUUUUUGAAGAUGGAGCAGAUACAACAUCUCCAGAAACCCCAGAAUCUUCUGCCUCAAAGGUCCCCAAAAGAGAAUCUUUGGAAGCUGCCAAAGCCAGCAAAUUGCGUGGAGCGAAACCUAAAAAGGCCCCAACAACACGGAAGACCACCACCAGGCGGCCCAAGCCUACCCGGACUCCCAGCUCCGCAGCAUCCAGCGGGACAGCUGGGCCCUCUGGCUCCGCUUCCGCCUCGGCGGGUGAGAUGAGUAGCAGUGAGCCCAGCACGCCUGCUCAGACGCCUCUGGCUGCGCCGGUCAUUCCGACUCCUUCCCUGACCUCUCCGGUGGCACCUCCGUCAGCUCCGUCCCCCACGAAGGAGGAGGAGAACCUGCGUUCUCAAGUCAGAGACCUGGAGGAGAAGCUGGAGACUCUGAAGAUGAAGCGAAAUGAAGACAAAGCAAAGCUGAAAGAGCUGGAGAAAUACAAGAUCCAGUUGGAGCAGGUGCAGGAGUGGAAGAGCAAAAUGCAGGAACAACAGGUUGACCUCCAGAAACGUCUAAAGGAGGCCAAAAAGGAAGCCAAAGAUGCAUUGGAAGCCAAGGAGCAUUACAUGGAGGAAAUGGCCGAUACGGCUGAUGCUAUCGAGAUGGCAACUCUGGACAAGGAGAUGGCGGAGGAGCGGGCCGAAUCCCUGCAGCAGGAGGUGGAGUCCCUGAAAGAGAAGGUGGAAUAUCUCACGAUGGACCUGGAAAUCCUGAAACAUGAGAUAGAAGAGAAAGGCUCGGAUGGGGCUGCAUCCAGCUACCAGGUCAAACAGCUAGAAGAGCAAAACGCGAGGCUCAAGGAAGCUCUCGUCAGGAUGCGGGAUCUGUCUGCAUCAGAGAAGCAGGAGCAUGUGAAGCUUCAGAAACACAUGGAGAAGAAGAAUUCAGAGCUGGAGAGUUUGCGUCAGCAGAAGGAGAAGCUGCAGGAGGAGGUGAAGCAGGCAGAGAGAACCAUUGAUGAGUUGAAAGAGCAGGUGGAUGCUGCGCUGGGUGCUGAAGAGAUGGUGGAGACUCUGACUGAGAGAAACCUGGACUUGGAGGAGAAGGUCCGGGAGCUGCGCGAGACCGUCGGCGACCUGGAAGCCAUGAACGAGAUGAACGACGAGCUGCAGGAGAAUGCCAGGGAGACCGAGCUGGAGCUGCGUGAGCAGCUGGACAUGGCAACGGCACGGGUCCGCGAGGCGGAGAAGCGCGUGGAGGCUGCACAGGAGACAGUGGCAGAUUACCAGCAGACCAUCAAGAAAUACAGGGAGCUGACUGCACACCUGCAGGAUGUGAACCGAGAGCUCACAAACCAGCAAGAAGCUUCUGUUGAGAGACAACAGCAGCCUCCGCCAGAGAUGUUCGACUUCAAGAUUAAAUUUGCAGAGACGAAGGCCCAUGCGAAGGCCAUAGAGAUGGAGCUGCGCCAGAUGGAGGUGCAGCAGGCCAACCGGCACGUCUCCCUCCUCACUUCCUUCAUGCCUGACAGCUUCCUGCGCCACGGAGGGGACCACGACUGCAUCCUGGUGCUGCUGCUCAUCCCCCGGCUCAUCUGCAAGGCCGAGCUGAUCAGCAAACAGGCCCAGGAGAAGUUCGAGCUGAAUGAAAACUGGGCCGAGCGCACGGGCCUCCGGGGUGCCCCAGGGGAGCAGCUGAGCUUCGCUGCGGGGCUGGUGUAUUCGCUCAGCCUCCUGCAAGCCACGCUGCACAAAUACGAACAGGCCCUGAGUAAGUGCAGCGUUGAGGUCUAUAAGAAGGUGGGGAUGCUCUACCCGGAGAUGAGUGUCCAUGAGCGCUCGUUGGACUUCCUGAUUCAGCUGCUGCACAAGGACCAGCUGGAUGAGACGGUCAACGUGGAGCCGCUCACCAAAGCUAUCAAAUACUACCAGCACCUGUACAGCAUCCACCUGGUGGAGCAAGCCGAAGACUGCACCAUGCAGCUGGCAGACCACAUUAAGUUCACCCAGAGUGCCUUGGACUGCAUGGGCGUGGAAGUGGGUCGAUUGCGGUCCUUCCUGCAGACGGGGCAGGAGGCGUCCGACCUCGCCAUCCUCCUCAAGGACCUGGAGACCUCCUGCAGCGACAUCCGCCAGUUCUGCAAGAAGAUCAGACGCCGCAUGCCCGGAACAGACGCACCUGGGAUACCCGCAGCCCUCGGCUUCGGACAGCAGGUGUCGGACACGCUGCUGGACUGCCGCAAGCACCUGACCUGGGUGGUGGCGGUGCUGCAGGAAGUGGCUGCCGCGGGGGCCCAGAUGAUCGCCCCGCUGACGGAGAACGAAGGGCUCCUGGCCGUGAAGCUGGAAGAUCUGGCCUUCAAAGCAAGCGAGCAGAUCUACGGCAGCCAGGGCGUCAACCCGUACGAGUGCCUGCGCCAGUCCUGUACUAUCCUCAUUGCGACCAUGAACAAGAUGGCCACGGCUAUGCAGGAGGGAGAGUACGACGCCGACCGGCCACAGACCAAGCCCCCUCCCCCUGUCAAUCUGAGGGCAGCCGCGCUCCGGGCCGAGAUCACAGAUGCCGAGGGCUUGGGACUGAAGCUGGAAGACAGAGAGACGGUCAUCAAAGAGCUGAAGAAAUCGCUCAAAAUCAAGGGCGAGGAGCUGAGCGAAGCCAACGUGCGUCUCAGUCUCCUGGAGAAGAAGCUUGACAGCGCGUCCAAGGACGCGGACGACCGGGUGGAGAAGAUCCAGACCAAGCUGGACGAGACCCAGGCUCUGCUCAAAAAGAAGGAGAAGGAGUUUGAGGAGACCAUGGACGCUCUUCAGGCUGAUAUUGACCAGCUGGAGUCGGAAAAGAUGGAGCUAAAGCAGCGCUUGAACAACCAGUCCAAACGCACCAUCGAGGGGCUGCGGGGAUCCCCUGCCUCUGGAAUCGCGUCGAUCGUCUCGGGCAUUGCAGGAGAGGAACAGCAGAGAGGUGUCAGCGCUGGCCAGGUGAUGGGAGGUGGCUCAGGACCUGUCCAGGUGAAGGAUUCGCCUCUUCUCCUCCAACAGAUCGACGCCAUGCGGCUGUCCAUUGAGCACCUCAAAACUGAGAACAACCGGCUCAAGGGAGCCCACAUGAAGGCGGAGCUGGCAGCGCUGCCCCCUCUGCACGUCCCGAAGCUCUCGCUUCCCAAAGAUCGGCAGGGAGAGGAGGUGGCCUCCGGCACCCUGUACAGGAAGACGAGCCAGUUGCUGCAGACCCUCUACCAGAUGAGUGCCAACGCCAAGGUGGUGGACGUCGCGCGCAGAAGCUCGGCAGGAAGCCCGGCCGCCCAGCUGCUGGAGCAGACAGCCCGCCUGACAUCCUUGAGCAGCACCGUAGACAAGCUGAAGGUAAAUGGUCCGUCGGCGUCUCUGCCAACGCCCCACAGCCCCGCCUGGCGCCGAGGCAGCGAGUGGGCAGCAGGGCGCCUGGACGGG